AUGAAGAAAUCUUACCUGAAGCCGGGCGUGUGGUUCGAGCGGCAGCAGAACUACAUCAAAAGUGUGGCCGCCAGCUCGAUGAUCGGGUACGUGCUGGGCAUCGGCGAUCGGCACGUGCAGAACAUCCUGAUCGACAAGCUAACAGGGGAGGUGAUCCAUAUUGAUUUUGGCAUAGCGUUCGAGAUGGGGAAAAAUCUGCCCACCCCGGAGACCGUCCCGUUCCGCUUGACGCGUGACAUUGUGGAUGGUAUGGGGAUAAGCGGUGUUGAGGGUGUUUUCCGCAAAUCGUGCGAGAAAACGCUGGAAGUGUUGCGGAACAAUCAGACGGUGAUCCUCGCCAUCCUGGAGGUGCUGCUGUACGAUCCGCUCUACUCGUGGAACGUGCUGUCAAACAAGAAAGCAAACCGUCGGCAACAGCAAGCCUUCCUUUCGCCAUCCGGUGACGCUGAUGAGGCCGAUGGAGCGGUCGGUGGUCUGCCGAUGGAUGCGGCUAAUAUCAAUGUGACGGCCGAGCGUACGUUGAUGCAGGUGGAAGAGAAGCUGCUUGGCCAGGAGGACAACAAGUACAUCUCAGUCGAUGGGCAGGUGCAAAUGCUAAUCUUCAACGCAAUGAACAAGCGCAAUCUCUGUCAAGUGUUUGCGGGAUGGCAACCGUACCUGUGA